GUGCUGGCAAUGGUGCUAUCAACAGGACUUUAUACAUCUGAAUUUGUCGAGUUGAUAAAGGAUGCUCCUGCUGUGGUAUGUUGCCGUUGUAGCCCAUCACAGAAGUCAGAGGUGGUCCGUGCUAUCAAGAAGUAUGAUAACGGCCAACGAACUCUCGCUAUCGGCGAUGGAGGCAACGAUGUUGGUAUGAUACAAGCAGCGGAUGUCGGGGUGGGUAUCGUUGGGAAGGAAGGCAUGCAGGCCAGUCUUGCAGCCGAUUUCAGUAUCCUUGAAUUCCGAUCCCUGCAUCGGCUCCUACUGUGGCAUGGACGUAACUGCUAUCUACAGUCCGCCCGAAUGUCCCUAUUCGUCAUCCAUCGUGGUUUGGUGAUUGCUGUUAUGCAAGUUAUAUUCUCUGCUAUGUUCUACUUCAUAGCAUUGCCGUUGUUCCAAGGUUGGCUGAUGAUUGGAUACAGCACAUACUACACCACUGCUCCCGUGUUCUCACUGUGCCUCUAUACUGACCUCGAAGACACGGUCGUGUACCAGUACCCGGAGCUCUAUGCUAUCAGCCGUCGUGGCCGGCAGAUGUCUCUCAAAGCUUUUCUUGGUUGGGUAUGGAA